AUGGAGCUGGGCGUGGGCUCUACACUCAUCCCCUCAGCUCUCUGUGGAAGCACAUUGUUCAGCGCGGGCUCAUUUUACCCAGAACCAAUGAAUACCUUGGUGCAUUUUAGCUACUGAAAACUGAACACUUUAUCGGAGAGAAUAGGGCGCAGAUAUCUGAAGACGGUGGGAACCAGACCAAGAACAUUUUGUUUCCUUCUCAUUAACGUUACAGCUGAGAGGCGACAGAGUUGAAAGAUUUUUUUUCUUCUCCGGUAGACGAAACGUCGCGUUUGUCGCUAAUUAGACCUCUGCUUGUUCAGUGGUGUGUGUGUGUGUGUGUGUGUGUGUGUGUGUGUGUGUGUGUGUGUGGCAGCGGCAAAGAUGACGGAGUAUAAGCUGGUGGUGGUGGGCGCUGGAGGCGUGGGGAAGAGUGCACUCACCAUCCAACUCAUCCAGAACCACUUUGUGGAUGAAUAUGACCCCACCAUAGAGGACUCGUACAGGAAACAGGUUGUGAUUGAUGGGGAGACCUGCCUGCUGGACAUCCUGGACACUGCAGGUCAAGAGGAGUACAGCGCCAUGAGGGAUCAGUACAUGAGGACAGGGGAGGGUUUCCUCUGCGUCUUUGCCAUCAACAACACCAAGUCUUUUGAGGAUAUUCAUCAGUACAGAGAACAGAUUAAACGUGUAAAGGACUCAGACGAUGUUCCCAUGGUGCUCGUGGGAAACAAAUGUGACCUCCCGGCACGCACGGUGGACACAAGGCAAGCCCAGGAACUCGCCCGCUCCUACGGCAUCCCUUACAUCGAGACCUCUGCCAAGACACGACAGGGAGUGGAGGACGCUUUCUACACACUGGUUAGGGAGAUCAGACAGCAUAAGCUGAGGAAGCUGAACCCACCUGAUGAGAGCGGUCAGGACUGUAUGAGCUGUCGCUGUGUGGUAUCGUGAUGCAGCUGACUGUUGCACAUUGAGGAGAAACGCUACAGCGCGUAGUGGCAGCAUGGACUUAAAGAUAGAAAGAUAAAACAACUCAAUGAUGAAAUAUAAACUUUUUUUCAAAAAAGAGGAUGAUUGAAGCAAAAGCUCUCAAGGAAACCACCAGAGCUGACUGAACCAUAGACCUUUUAUGGAAAGGCGGAUUUGGACUGUUGCCUAAGUGGCUACCCGAACUAGCCUGGUCUGGUCCCUUUUUUUUUUUUUUGGUCCACAUGUUGACCUGUGAGCAACACCACUAAUGACUCUUUGUCAAUUCCAGUGUGGUCUCGCUGGGUAGCUUCACAGGUUUCCUGCUAACUUAUUGUUUUCAGUCUCAACACUGGUCUUAAAAGGGUGUCUCUGACCUCCUUCCACCUUGAAAGCCUAAUUCCACUCCCGCUGCCUGCACUCUGGAAGGACUGACUGAUUUAAAUGGAAAGGACUGGAAUGGACAUUUAGUUACCCAAACACCUCUCACAUAUGUAACCCACCAUCCCACUCUACAUGCCUUUGGUUUCCCUGGAAUGGCUGUGUAGUCCCACCAUUAUACUGGAUACAGGGGGUGGAGGCUGGCAUGGGAAUGACUAAUUUGUCGUUGUUGUUUAACAGAUAGCCUAGCUGUAAAAAAUGAUUUUGUUUUUGAUAUAGAAAAAAAAUGUGUUUGCAGAAUUUGAAAGUCACUGAGCAAUAUGUGAGCAAGGGUGUUUAUUUCAGAUGGCACCUGGUGUGACAUUUUUCAUGACCUGCCUGAUGUAGUUGGAAUUCCUUUUGGGAUAGAAAUGUUGAAUGGAUAUAAAGAUAGAUGAAUUUCUCCUUUACAGAUGUUUCUUUGCUAAGAGUUGUCUUUGUGGAAUAAUAAUAAUAAUAAUAGUAAUGGCUAGUGUACUUAAGUUUUGGUGCAAUAGGAUUCUUUACUGUCCACAAAGUAUUGGGAAUAAACCACCUCUCAUGGAUACUUAUUUUCCUGUUUUACUUUGGUUUAGGAAGGAGAGGUACUGUGCAUGAAAAUGUAGCUGUUGUCAUCUUUCCAGCUGGAGUAGUUGCCUGUAGAAUAGGAGGACAACCCUACGCUUGAACAGUUAUAAAUUGACAAUGUUAUGGUUUUAGAAAAAAUGACAACCAGUUUAUUUUUUCUUACAUUUCAUUUCAGUAACUGUAUGGUGUACAACUCUUAUUUACUACAUGGUGAUAAUAGCAUGGUGAUAACAGCUGUUUUUUGAUUGCAAAAAUCACUCCUUGUGGAUGAUAAGGCUCAGGAAUCAGGGUCCAGGAAGGUCUCACUUUCCAGGAAGCAGUCCUGGAAACCAGGAUUGAGGAUGCCACCAGUUAGCUUUGCAGAGUGUAAUGCACAAGUCCUGCCUCAGAGUCAAACUUCAGUUUUUCCACACACCGUACUAUCCUCAAACUGCUCCUCUUUGUCUGCCACCUCAGCUCUACAAUAGAACAAUAACAGGUCAGGUGCUAAUCAUGUCAUAACCAUAUUUACUGUACAUGUGGGACUAUUGUGUGUAAUAGGAGAUGGAUAUUGGGUUAUGGGAGUGCAUUGCUUUUUUUCUUAAUACUGACUAGCUUGUGUUCAACACAACUGCAUUAAUUUGCUGAGAAAAAGACUGCUCUAUGUUUACUUUGCCUUAUCUGUUAGCUAGUUUGUACCUCGUGUAUACAGCAAGCUCUACCUGAGACGAUUGUGUGUUCUGUUGGCUGCAUUGUUUUGUUCGUUUGAUUAUGUGUGCAACAAACAAAAAAUAUAGAAGUGUGUUGAGUUUAGACUUGCGCUGUAUAGAAUUUGAAAGACAAGUCCCUGAAAACACUACACUGAUUUUUUUGGGGGGGGGGUUCUGUAAUGGCAUGUGCAUCUGAAUGUGAUCCAUUUAAUCUAACGAGUGGAAAAACAACAAAGAAUUCUUUAGACAAAAGCCCAGUAUAAGCCAAGUUGUCUUGCACCCACGUUCACGUCCCAUGUACUUUUGGUCCAGAUUGUACUUUUAACAGUUCAGAGAAUUGGUCAUGUAUGAUAAUGUAUGGAGUUCCAGACACUACAGGCAGGUUUUGGCAUCAAGCUUCAGAUGCAAACCUCAAAGACAUCUAAAACCUCUUCCAUGAAAGACGUCAAAUGUUAUUUUGUAAUCGUCUCCUUUCAAGGUUUUUUUUUUCUGCCCUAAUUGAUUUUGUACAGUUAAAGUUACUCUUUUUACGUCAUAUGGUAGUGGUCAAUUUGUUUUUAUCAGUUAACUGUUCAUUUCUCUGCUUGGAGGAAGGAUAUGAACUGUGAAUGUGUUUGAGUCUUUAGAUAUUGUUUGAAAGAAGCCUCGUGUUUAAAAUUUACAAUAUUGAAAUAAUGCAGGAGUUGAUCCUCGGUCCCACUUCUGGCUGUGUUGUAACUUUUAUUUUUUACCCAUUGUACUUUUAAUGGAAAAAGAGUGUGGCGUUUGUAACAUGUAAUUACAGUCCUAAUAGUAUGCUUGUCCUCUCCCAGUCAAUCUUUAAACAGUACAUCCAUGAUAAUAUUACCAUAGAAUUCCACAAAUCUAUGUAUUCAGAUUCCCACUGCAUUAGAAUAUCAACGUCAUGUUGCCACAGCGAUACUCCAGCCAGCAAACCACAAGCAUACAUGUCAGAAAACCUGCCGAGCAUGACAAAGACUGUAUGGACCACUGGGAGUUUUGCACAAGGAUACAGUGGGCUCAAGGGCUUGUUUCUCCCUUGCAAACUGUGGAACGGAGGUGUGGAAGGAAUUUGUGAAAAUGUUAACUGUUUAGCUAUUUAAAAUGUAUUUACUCUUUGAAAAUGUGGCAAAUGUAUUGCAGGACAGGAAUAAAGAUGUCAAGAUGAAA